AUGUCUGCGCCGACAAGACCUCGACCGACUAGCCAGCGCAAUACAUCUACCAUGCGGCCGCCAAUGUCUCGCCCCGGCGCAUCUCGCGCGCAGACAGCGACGCCGACCCUCACGAAUGGACGAGCAUCGCCAGCAGAGUCGGUUGCAUCUUCGAAGUCACGGACACCGAAGCGCAAAGCGCAGUCUGAGAUCGAGUCGGAGGCCGGUGAAGAGACGAAUAUCAAUGUUGUCGUGAGAUGCAGAGGUCGAAGCGAUCGAGAGGUGAAGGAGAACAGCGGCGUGGUUGUCUCGACAGACGGGACAAAGGGCAAGAAGGUGGAGCUGUCGAUGGGCCCGAGUGCGUUGAGCAAUAAGACGUAUGCCUUUGACAAGGUCUUCUCGCCGGCUGCAGACCAGGGCAUCAUAUUUGACGAUGUUGUGUCGCCGAUAUUAGACGAGGUCCUGAAUGGCUUCAACUGUACGAUCUUCGCAUACGGCCAAACUGGCACUGGAAAGACAUACACAAUGUCUGGUGAUAUCACAGACAUGCUUCCUGUACUGGACGGAGCAGGGAUCAUUCCCAGGGUGUUGUACAAUCUAUUCGACAGGCUGGGCGACGAGCAGAGCGAGAAGAUGGAGUACAGUGUGAAGUGCUCCUUCAUCGAGCUGUACAAUGAAGAGUUGCGCGAUCUCCUCGCAGCGGACGAUACCACCAAGCUGAAGAUCUUCGAUGAGCAGAACAAGAAUGGCCGGACGACGACUUUGGUGCAAGGCAUGGAGGAGAGCCAUAUCAAGACUGCGUCCAAGGGCAUCCAGCUCUUGAGACAAGGCAGUCACAGACGGCAGGUUGCGGCGACUAAGUGCAACGAUCUCUCGUCUCGGUCGCAUACUGUCUUCACUGUCACGGUGUACAUGAAACGGCAGACGGAGACUGGGGAGGACUUUGUGUGCUCUGGAAAGCUGAAUUUGGUUGAUCUCGCUGGAUCUGAGAAUAUUCAACGGUCUGGCGCGGAGAACAAGCGAGCGGCAGAAGCUGGUGUCAUCAACAAGUCACUUCUUACUCUCGGCCGUGUGAUCAAUGCGCUGGUAGAGAAGAGCACGCACAUCCCUUACCGUGAGUCGAAGCUCACACGGCUGCUGCAAGACUCACUCGGUGGCCGGACGAAGACCUGCAUCAUUGCAACACUCUCACCAGCGAAGAGCAACCUGGAGGAAACCAUCAGCACAUUGGACUAUGCUUUCCGAGCGAAGAACAUCCGAAAUAAGCCACAGAUCAACUCGAUGGUCUCGAAAAAGACGCUUCUACGAGAGUUUACCGCCGAAAUUGAGAAGCUGAAGUCCGAACUCAUCGCUACACGACAGCGCAAUGGCGUAUAUCUCACUGCUGAGGCGUACGAGGAAAUCACGACCGAGUCAGAAUCCCGCCGCAUCCUGAGCGAAGAGCAGCGCGACAAGAUCGAGACCAUGGAACGGAAUCUGCGGAACAAAGUCCAGGAACUCUUCGCUCUCACGACCAACUUCCAGAGCAUGAAACGAGACAACGAGCAGACGCGCGUGACUCUGGAGGGCACCAAGAGUGUUCUCGAUAAGACCGAGAUCGUUCUGGCACACACCAAGAGGAACCUUGCUGAGGAGGCGCAUCUCCGGAAGGCACACCAGCAGACGGAGGAGCAGUUGGCUGCUGUGGGCGGAGACUUGCUGAGUACUCUGGACACCACGACAGACCAUGUCAGCAGGCUGCACUCGAAGCUCAGGCGGCGAUCCGACCUACAAGCGCUGAACCGGACCAAGUGGACGAAUACUGCGAGCCAUGUAUCUGGUGUGACCGGGAUUGUUGAGCAGCGCAUGGAAGCACUGCGAGGGCAGCAGGAGGGCCUCGUCGAGAGCUUGUCAGGGCGCAUGCAGUCGUUCGUCACGGAUGAGCUGCGGGAGCUGCAGGCUUCCCAGACCUUUUUACAGGAGAAGGCUGCUGCGUUCGAGAAGUCCGAGGUGGAGGUCAACGGGCAGACUACCAAAGCGAAAGACGAGAUGAACACAGUCCUCGAAGAGAUUCGAACGCUGAGGCAGGACGUCAAGCAGAAGGUUGGGGAUGGUCUCAACGAUCUGUCCACCGCCGCGGAGAGAAUAUCGGCUGGCAUCGCCACAGAGCUUGAUACUUUCCACAGCCAGCUGCAGAGCUCGUAUGUCUCGCUCGGAAGGGAGUUCAAGACCAUUUUCGGGGAUCUCGUCGAGCGCAUGAACCAGCAGCGGGAUGAGGCCGAUAGGCUACGCCAGCAGAUCUCGCAGGCCAACAACUCCUACGUGACGGCUGGGGAGGAGUCUCAGGUACAGCUGCAGAGAGCUAUCGAGGAGGAGCGCCAGACGGCGGCUGCCGAGCGUACAGCACUAAUGGCUAAGGUCUCCAGCCUGCUGAACGAAUCUGCCAUGGCACAGGAGACGCGCAUCAGCGGUUUCGUAGAAGGCGCCAACAAACGCCUCAGGACCUCGGCCGACGAGUACCGGACUUCGCAACAGGCUUAUGGAAGUGGUAUGGACAGCUGGAACGGACGGUCGCAGUCCCUCAUCGACACCACCCUCAAGUCCCGCGAAGCCAUCAAAAGCAAGCUCAAGGCCGACUGGGGUAAUGCAGAUGAGCAGACCACGAAGCUCACUUCCACGACCAAAGCUGUGCACGACGAAACGGUGCGCAUCGUCGAUGGCCAGAUGGCUCAGAUGGACGGCCAGCUUGUCGCGCUUGACGAGAUCAUCACCCGAGUGCGAGCGCAGAAUGAGCAGCACCACCAGGCACAUUCUGCAAGUCUCGAGCAGCUGGCCAGUGAUGUACAGCAGUCUUACUCCAGCAUUGGACAGCACUUCGAGACCUCGUACGCCAGGACACAAGCACUGGACACCGAGAUGUCCGACCGCGUGAUUGCGCUCACGCACACUCUCCCUGAGCUUGCCGACGACGGUCCCAUCCGGCAGCCACUCUCCCAGAUGCGCUCUGAGCUUUCCGCUGCACAGCUGGCGGAGUACACCGCCACUGGCGAGACACCCGCGAAGACGACCUUCAACUACCCAACUGCACUUCCUCGGACAGAAGACCACAGCACGCUUCUCGAUCGCAUGCGCGGUAUCACGCGUCUAGCCUCCCCGACCAAACGCACCUCCCCAACCAAAGCCCGCAGCAGCCCAACCAAAGCCCCUCCCAGCCCAAGCAAAACCCUCGUCUGGAGCGACACCCCUCCCACCACAACCACAACCCUCAAAGACCUCGACCUCCCCGCCUCCGCCCCCUGCACACGCCCCGGAACUUCCGCAAGCGCAAGUUCCCAGCCCCACCAAGAGCGUUUGCGCGAACUAGACGUUAACAUCAUGCCCUUAGGAGGCGGCGCGAACGGGCAUCCCGUCUCCCUUGGCGAUCAGGAGCGCGGCAAGGCGGGCGACGCUGCAGGUGGUGAGGAAGGCGGCAAGCUCCUCUCCGUUCCCGUCCCUUCGGCACCGCAUUUGUUGAAGAGGGCACAUACUAAUCCGCUUUCUGUGAGUCAGGGGGUGGAGAGUCGGUUGCCGGCUGCGAAGGUGAGGGGAGGGAGGAUGACGACGGCGGGGGGUGUGGAGAAUGUGGCGCCGGCGACGGGGGAGGGGAGGAGGUUGAGGCCUAGGGGGAGUGAUUGA